AUGGGGCGAAAUCCUACUAUUGUUGCUUUGGGUUUGGUAUGUGCUUGGAGUUGGAUGCAAACCAUAUAUGGUGAGUACUUAAUUGGAAUGGGAAGCUAUGACAUGACUGGUCCUGCUGCUGAUGUGAACAUGAUGGGUUAUGCCAACUUUGAACAGAACACAGCUGGUAUUCAUUUCAGGCUAAGAGCUAGAACUUUCAUUGUGGCUGAGAACCUUCAAGGCCCUAGGUUUGUUUUUGUCAAUCUUGAUGCGGGAAUGGCAUCGCAGCUUCUAACUAUUAAGGUUCUUGAGAGACUUAAUUUAAGGUUUGGAAAUUUGUAUACUGAAGAAAAUGUAGCGAUUAGUGGGAUUCAUACACAUGCUGGCCCUGGCGGUUAUCUGCAGUACAUGGUUUACUCUGUGACUUCUCUGGGUUUCGUGAAACAAUCCUUUGAUGCCAUUGCUAACGCAAUAGAACAAAGUAUUAUUCAAGCUCAUAGCAACCUCAAGCCUGGUUCCAUUUUUAUGAAUAUAGGAGAUGUGAAGGAAGCAGGUAUAAACAGGAGUGCAAGUGCAUAUAAGUACCCAGAUGAAAUAUUAAGCACAAUGAUCAUAAGUGAUAGGCAAUUCAGAACUGCUGUGGAACUGUUGGGAUCUGCUUCAGAGGAACUGACAGGGAAGAUUGAUUAUCGCCAUGUGUAUCUCAACUUUACAGACAUCGAAGUUGAAUUGGACAGCAACAAGGUGGUUAAAACCUGUCCUGCAGCUCUUGGUCCUGGUUUUGCAGCAGGCACUACAGAUGGGCCAGGUGCUUUUGGGUUUCAACAAGGUGAUACAGAGAUUAAUCCGUUUUGGAAAACUACGAGGGAUUUGCUGAAAAAACCAAGUCAAUAUCAAGUGGACUGUCAAAAACCAAAGCAAGUUUUGUUGAGCACUGGAGAAAUGUUUGAUCCUUAUCCUUGGGCGCCGGCAAUUCUUCCAAUUCAAAUGCUGAGGUUGGGAAAAUUGAUCAUUCUUUCUGUACCUGGAGAGUUCACAACAAUGGCGGGCAGAAGGCUAAGAGAGGCAGUGAAGGAGACAUUAAUAUCUAGCAGCAAUAGAGAAUUCAAUGAUGAAACACAUGUUGUUAUUGCAGGACUGACAAAUACUUACUCACAAUAUAUUGCGACUUUUGAAGAAUACCAGCACCAACGGUAUGAGGCUGCUUCAACACUCUAUGGUCCUCACACAUUAUCUGCAUACAUCCAAGAAUUUAAGAAACUAGCACAAGCAAUGGGUAAAGGGGAAAAAAUCAUUGGAAAAGGUCCUUUGCCACCUGAUCUUUCAUCUGUACAACUAAGCCUCUUACUUGGUCCCUUUGGAGACUCAACUCCAGACGGCAUCAAAUUUGGUGACAUAAAGGAAGAUAUAGCCUUUCCAGCAAGGGACUAUUUUACCAAAGGAGAUAGACCAAGUGCUACAUUCUGGAGUGCCAAUCCAAGAAAUGACCUUCUAACAGAAGGCACAUUUGCUGCAGUGGAGAUGCUUCAAGGGGAAAGGUGGAUUGCUACUUAUGAUGAUGAUGAUUUAAGCUUGUUUUUCAAGUGGAAAGUAGAUAAUAGUUCCUUGCAUGGCUUAGCUACCAUAGAAUGGGAAAUACCAAAUGAUGCUAUUUCUGGAGUAUACAGACUAAAACACUUUGGAGCAUCAAAGAUCACCAUCGCCUCCCCAAUUAAAUACUUUACUGGUGCUUCAAGUGCAUUUGCAGUGCAAUAG